ACAAAUAAAUAAAUAAUUUUUAAAUAAAUUUAAUAAAUCAAAACCAAACCGAUGGUAAAGUGAUAAGAAAUCGAAAUCAAUGACACCCGAGAAUUGGUUGUUCUGUAGCUCUCCGGUACUCGACGAUAUCUCGCCGGGAAACUGAAUAGAGCUUCUAUCAAUCAAAACCAGAUACAUGUUUCUGUGAUUUCGACGGUAAUUUCCCGGAAAAUCUAUUGCUUCUGAGGGAUUUGGCAACUGUAAUGUCGGUGAUUUCUCCCGUGAACUUGUUCUGCAACAUGAACAAUUCUUUCAUCUUUUUGUUCUUACACAUCUCCGGCGAAAUCGGACCUGUCAAAUAUCUCUCGGAGACACCAAGACCGAAGCUUCUGAGGGAGAAGGCCGGUGAGUUGAUUGUUGUAGAGCGAGAGGUUCCCCAGAUACUUGAAAUCGCCGAAUUCCUUGGGGAACCCACCUGAGAAAUGAUUGUCAAAAUGCCGUAGAGAGAUGAGCUUCGUAAGUUUCACGAUAUUUGCCGGAAUCUCGCCGGAAAGAUAAUUGUAAGAUAUUUCACGAUAUCUUCGGCAAUCGGAUGGAGAAUAAUAACGAAACACUCCUUUUUCCUUCUUCUAAGAGCCACAUGCCACGUGGACCUGUAUAUGCUCCUCUCUCUCUCUCUCUCUGUUGUUGGAAGGAUUGGUUCCCCAUGUAAUGUGGGCGAAUUCUCCUCCCGUCCAUGAUCCCCUCGUAUCGGUUGUGGGCUGUGGGAAUUCUGAUAAUCCUUGGUUAGACCAUCUACUCUCUACCUUAAGUUUUCAGAUGGUUUUGCUGUAGACUCUUUCCUUCCUUCUCUCUUCUUCUUCCUGGGCAUCUGUGGGGACUUCAGAGAGUCAGAUACAGAGACCCAGGCAGAAAAGAGAGAUGUUGCAGAGAGCUGCAAGCAAUGCCUAUUCUUGGUGGUGGGCAAGCCACAUUAGAACGAAGCAGUCGAAAUGGCUUGAACAGAACCUUCAAGAUAUGGAGGAGAAGGUCAAAUACAUGGUUGACCUCAUCGAGGAGGACGGAGACUCUUUUGCCAGGAGAGCAGAAAUGUACUACAGAAAGAGACCUGAACUCAUUAACUUUGUGGAAGAAUCUUACAGGGCAUAUCGAGCCCUCGCUGAUAGGUAUGACCACAUGUCAGGAGAGCUCCAAAACGCCAACAACACCAUUGCUACUAUUUUUCCUGAGCAAGUUUCGUUUGCAAUGGAUGACGAAGAUGAUGACUGUUCUCCAGGAAGACCUACUUCUUCAACCAAUAAAAAUAGCAUUCCCAAGGUCUUGCCUAAACCCCCAAAACUCAAUAUCCCCAAGAUUCCAAGUUUUCGAAGGAAAGAUGCAAAAGACCCCUCAAAAUUACCUGCAAAAAAAGUGCAACCCAAGAAAACUACUACGUCUAAUUCUACAAGUACUACUACUACCAGUUCACAGAUGAGCACAGCUGAAGCACUCCAAAAGAUCGAUAGACUUCAGAAGGGGAUCUUGGCCCUACAGACUGAGAAGGAGUUUAUCAAGAGCUCAUUUGAAAGUGGGGUUGCAAAGUAUUGGGAAAUUGAGAAGCAGAUCAGCGAAAUGCAAGAGGAAGUUUGCACAUUGCAAGAUGAAUUCGGCGUGGAAACAGUAAUUGAUGAUAAUGAAGCACGAACUCUAAUGGCAGCCACCGCUCUGAAAUCAUGUCAAGAGACGUUGGUGAAGUUGCAGGAGAAACAGGAGCAAUCAGCUGAAGAAGCAAGAGUGGAGUACCAACGGAUUAAGGAUGCUCAUCAGAAGUUGCAGACAGUCAAGAAUGAAUUUCUCAGAGAUCAGAUAGACCAGCCAGACCUAUCUGACAAAAAAGAAUCCAUGGGUUAUGGUUCAGGCUUGAAUAAUUUGGAGCAGGAAGUCAAUCUAAGAAAGGAGAGACUUCAACUGGAAUCCAUACAGGAGAAAAUUAGGGAACACUUUGACAUGAGCUCUGAUACAUAUCUUACUGUGACAGAACUGGCAGAGAAGAUUGAUGAAGUUGUACAUAAAGUCAUCAGUUUGGAUACUGCAGUCUCAUCACAUACUUCUUUGAUAAAGAUAUUAAGAUCAGAAACCGAUGAAUUCCAGGAGAAACUUCACAAUUUGGAUGAGGAAAAGGCCACUGUGGUUGAGGGUUCCGACAAGUUGACAGACAAACUCAGGAAAUUGGAUGAAAAGUUAUCUGGAAUCCAGGAUCUCCACCAGACUGUUGAGGAUCAACACAACAACCUCCAAACACAUUUUACUGUGACAUGCUGUAACCUCAACCAUAUUUCUAAGAAAUUGCACUUAGUGAAGCCUGAUGAGGAGAUUGACAUUCCAGGUUCACCUCUGGCAGAUCUGGGCAUUUUUCAUGAAGUCCACAAACAAAAAAUGUUCAAGGAACAAAAUUAUAUGGUGAAUUCUGAUGAUGUCUUAGAGAGCACAAAGGUCAGAAAAGCAGAAGCUGAAGAGGAUAAAAGGACUGUUCAGAGUCUUGUUCCCAGUUCCAAAGACAGUGAAGAAGGCAGUACUCAAUCCAUGGUGAGCAAUAGUGUUGGUGAUGCCUCUGAAAAAUGUGAGGACCCAGAGCAUCACAAAAAUGUUGAAAGUCAGGAUAUGUCACAAAUCAAGGACGAUAUUCUCAAGGUUGACUCACAGGAGAACAGUAACCUCAAUGUCCUCUCAGAGAAACCACAUUUUUUGAAGUCCGAUGAAAGUGUUGAUACAUGCGAUUCGUCGAAGGACAACAUUGAGAAGCCAGAGCCAGAGCUAUCCCUAACAGAAGAUAAUAUUGUCAAUGCUGAUUCACGGGGGAUUUGCGACCUAAAUUACCUUGGCAAGGAAUUACAUGCUGUGAAGCCUGGUGAAGAGAUUUUGAGUUCAUCAAAGGACAAAGUUGAGACACAGAACCUGUUCACAACUGAAGAUGAUAGUCUCUAUGGAGCCUCUCAGAAAAUUUGUGACCUCAACCACUUAUCUGACAAAGUGCAUUUUGUGAAGCCUGAAGGGGAAACUGAGAUUAUGGCUUCAUUUCAGGACAAAGUCGAGAAUCAGGAUUCAUCCCAUACUGAAGAAAAUAUUUUGAAUCUUGAAUCACAGGGAGAUCACCUAUCUCAUAAACUGCAUUCGAUGAAGCCUGAUGAGGUUCUCAAGAUCCCACCUCAAACAGAAAUGGGAGCUCUUAUUGAUGAUGCCAUGCAUGAAAAGUUUGAGGGACAAGAAGAAAUGUUGGCUUUUUGUGAUGAACCAAAGAACUAUAAGGAAACAAAAACAGAAGUCGAAAAUGAGACAGAUGAGGUUCAAAACCUUCGUCUUGGUGUUAAAAAUGAUGAAGAUGGUGAUCCUUCCAAGUUAGGCAACACCAGUGAUGAUAUUUCUGAAAUUUAUGAGGCCUCAGGGCGACCAGACAAAGUUGAGCAGUACAACUCAUCCCAAACCGAAAAUAAUGUGUCCAAUGUAGACUCAGAGGAGAAAGCAAUGGAAGAAGAAGAUGAACCAGACUGGAAAAAAUUGUUCUUAAGUGGACUGGAGGAUAGAGAAAAGGUUCUAUUGGUGGAAUACACUUCAAUUCUUAGGAAUUAUAAAUAUGCAAAGAAGCAGCUUUCUGAAAUAGAGAAGAAAAAACAAGAACAUGCCUUUGAAACGAUGGUGCAACUAAGGAAACUGAAGUGUGCCAAUGCCAUUAAGGAUGAUGAGAUUAAAUCUUUACGUCAGAAACUAAGCUUUUUGCAGACAAGUUUUGAAGGAAAUUUCGAAACCAACUAUACAGAAUUUAAAAACACACAACAGGGAAACCAACAGCCAAUUAUCAAUUUGUUAGAUGAUCAAAAUGUUGAAUCUGCAGUAACCAAUGGCAACUCUAUUGCAAAUGGAGACAUGCGAACUAAACCAACAGCAGAAAACGGAGAAGAAGAUAUCAAGGUGGUUCAUGUUGACGAAUCUCAAGUUCUUACAACCAUUGAAGAGAAAUUUCGAAGGGAUAUUGAUGAGCUGUUGGAGGAAAACCUGGAGUUUUGGUUAAGGUUUAGCACGUUAUUCCAUCAAAUACAGAUAUUCCAAACUUCAAUCCAGGAUCUGCAAGCUGAAAUCUCUAAACUGAAGGAUAACAAGAAGCAGGAGGGCAGCACUACCUCGAGCAGAUCACUAAAAUCAGAUGCCCGGCCAAUAUACAAACACCUGACAGAGAUCCAGACGGAAUUGUCAGUCUGGUUGGAAAACUAUGUGUUGCUGAAAGAGGAACUGCAGCACAGAUUCUCAUCUUUGUGCGACAUACAGGAAGAGAUUUUAAGAGUCUCCAAUGCAGUUACUGAAACUGAAGAAGUGGAGUUUACUAGUUAUCAAGCAGCCAAGUUCCAGGGGGAGCUUCUGAACAUGCAACAGGAGAAUAACAAAGUUGCAGAUGAAUUGCAAGCAGGACUAGAGCAUGUGAGAGGUCUCCAGUAUGAGAUCGAAAAUACUCUCUCUAAGUUGAAAGAGGAUUUCGGGCUAUCAGGACCGAAGAGCCAGCAUCAUGAUCAUCAUUUGAGGCAUUCAGAUAGUCGGUCUCGAAUUCCUUUGCGCUCAUUUAUUUUUGGUGUCAAACAAAAAAAGCAAAGGCCAUCAAUCUUCAGGCGCAUUCACCCAACAUUCCAAAAACAACACAGUGAUCCAACUGUUGGAGUUCCUUCAAAAUUUGUUUAAUUUAUUAUUUUUUUCUCCACUUCAUUCUUCUUUUGAGGGAUUUAUAUUCUCUUUCUUUCUCAUUUCUGAAACUUCGGAGAAACUGAAAAUGAAGAAAACUGUUUUCCCCUCUUGAUUCCAUUCCAUGAACUCUUCUACCACAAAGGGUGUCCCCAUGGGAAGUUAGACAUCCUGAAAGAAUUCCCAUUACCCAAGUAGAUUUGAAUGAUGAAAAAGAAUGCUAAAAAUUCUCCUGCAUCUUUGCUCAAA